AUGAGUUCUCAUGUUAUCACUCCUGGACCGUACCGGGCCACAAAACUGUGGAAUGAGGUGACUCGUUUGUUUCGGGCUGGUAUGCCCGUCAGGAAACACCGCCAGAACUUCCGGCACCACGCCGCCUGCUUCACCGCCUCGGCCGCUGUGGAUUGGAUGCACCAGCUGCUCCGUAGCAACAACAAUUUUGGCCCUGAUGUCACCAGGCAGCAGACGGUGCAGCUCCUGAAGAAGUUUCUGAAGAACCACGUGAUCGAAGAUGUGAAGGGUCGCUGGGGCACAGAGGAUUUGGAGGACAACAACACUCUGUACAGAUUCCCCUCCACUUCCCCUCUGAAGCCCAUUCCCUGUCCAGCCUCGGCCCCUGGCUCUAUUAAGAAAAAAUCUUCAUUCAGGGACAAGGAGAGUUUCUUCAGGUUUAGGAAUAUCAAGAAGCAGCUUGAGAAGGAGACACAGGAAAAUGUAGAUCCUGCCCUCCAAGCAGAGGGAGAGAACGAGCCAAUAGGAGAGCAGCAGGUGCCGAGACGAGAGCUGACGGUGGAUGAUGAACAGGAGAUCUGGAGAGACAUCACCCUGACCCACCUGCAGAGGAUUCUGGGCGUUGCAUCUCUUGAUGAGGUCUUAGACCAACGUUAUGUAAACCCACAGAACAUCAUCCAUAAUAUGACCAAAGUCAACAAGCAUGGAGUGGUCACACUGGACGACAAGACCAAUGACCUUCCACACUGGGUGUUGUCUGCCAUGAAGAGCCUGGCCAACUGGCCGAAGUACGACAGCGCGCAGCCGUCCUAUCCCGGCUUUGAGAGGGACGUCUUCAAAACAGUGUCUGAUUACUUCUACAGCCUUCCGCAGCCAGUACUCACAUACGAACUGUAUGAACUAUUUAUCAACGUCCUGGUGUUUUGCGGGUACGUCGCAGCGCCCGCAAUACCCCAGCGCGGGAAGCGCAAGAAGCCGGACCUCCCCUCAGUCCCGCCUCCAGCCAAGGCUUCUUUCCGCUCCACAGAAUGCCUCCUCCUGUCGCUGCUCAGACAGGGGACGUGCGACGAGACGGAGUCGCCAAUGAGCGAGGUGAUUGGCGGGAAGCUUCAGUCGCGGCUGGCGGCGCUGGAAGGAGGCACUGCCGGCGCGGGUGACGGUCGGUUAGGUGGCAGCUGCGUGAGUCUGAGUACAGUUGGUUCCACGAGGCCUCGAACCAGGAGCUGCUCACUGGAAACCAUCCUAGAUGACUCUGCCCCGCUCACCAGGCAAGUGCUGUUCCUGUCCAAUGACAGCCUGGCAUCCUGCGCCUAUAGCAACAGGUGCCAGGAUGACGGCCCUGUCAUCACAACCCCCCACAGUCAUGCCGACUCUAAAUCUGCGUCCAAAGCAACCCCCUUAACUUGUGAAAAGGCUCCAGGAGGUCCAACCAGAAGGUACAGCCGCUCCUUGCGGCCGCACAGCGUAGGUAGCUGUCUGGACAUAGUCGUAGAAACCAGGGAGGAAGAAGACAAGGAGACCAAGUGGCAGGGCCGAGCAGCCAGCUGCCUCAACGUCAACACUCCUGCAGAGCAGCAUCACUCCUCCUCCGCUUCACGUCCUCCCUCGUUGCCCUCCUAUCAUCCCUCCUUUUCCUCCUAUCAUCCUUUCGCCCCCUUCCCUUCAUGCGCUUUGGCCAAAGUACACGGGCCCCAUGCUCCUACAGGACCUAGUGGGCCCAGACCCGCCUCCAGUACCUCUGAUCUUUGGACGCUCCCUGCACCUGCUGUCGCCCGGCGCUGCCUCAGCUCUCUGGAUGUGUCGAAGCCUGUUUCACUGUUCGCUCCGCCUGUCCGUGUGCCCGCCAGCAUCUCCCAGCCCCCCCAACCCAAACCUGAGCACAGCCUUCUCCAGCCUCAGUGUGAGCGUGUGGCCAUCGAGGCCCUGCAGCUUUGCACCCUCCUCCUCCCCCCCAACUCCCGCAGGAAGUUGCAGCUCCUUAUGAGGAUGAUGUCGCGCAUCAGCCAGAACGUGGACAUGCCCCGCCUCCACCCCGCCAUCGGCACGCGGACACUGAUGGUUCACACGUUUUCCGGCUGUGUCCUGGGCAGCGCCGAGGAGUGUGAUUUGGACGAACUGUUAGCUACCAGACUGGUGUCAUUUCUAAUGGACCAUCAACACAGCAUCCUCUCGGUCCCAGAGUACCUUCUCAGUGCUAUCAAUGACCAUAUACAGUACCUGCGCACUGUACAGGUCCCCAUCGAUGGUGUUUCCAAUGUCGAUGGCGGCAAUCCAGUUUGCGUUCCAAUGCCCAUGUACGCGUUCUGCCGUCAAAUUAGCGGCGCCGAGUUUGAACAGCAAAAGCUGGCCUCUUCCCAGAAGGCCAUGGAGGAGUUGCUGGAGAUGCUGCUGGCCGACCAAAACAUGAGUGAGAAGGACAGACGCAAGAAACUGAAGCAGUUUCAGAAGCAGUACCCAGACAUCUACAGUCGUCGGCUCCCCUCCUCAGACGGCACUAACAACAAACCAAAGAUUAAACCUCCACUUCUCAACAUCAAGAAGACCAAAGCUUUCAGCAUCAGGAACUAAACCAACCAUACAGGUUGUCCCCAUUCUAGAAGCCGCAGUCAUUGUUCCGCUGCACUGAUACUGCACUGAUACUUAGAGAUCUCGAGAAUUCACUCCUCGUUGCGGCCGUUAACUCGUUCUCGUUUUAGUUUUAGUCAUUCCUGCCGUGUCUCAUGUACUGUAUGUAGUAAUGGGAGAGAUAAUGCAGACUGGAAGACUUCUGUGUGUGUGUGUGUGUGUGUGUGUGUGUGUGUGUGUGUGUGUGUGUGUGUGUGUGUGUGUGUGUGUGUGUGUGUGUGUGUGUGUGUGUGUGUGUGUGUGUGUGUGUGUGUGUGUGUGUGUGUGUGUGUGUGUGUGUGUGUGUGUGUGGGGGUGUGUGUGUGUGGUGACCGCUGAAUAAGAUGAAGGAAAGUCGACAGUUCAGUUCACAUUGAUUACUGUGUUCAAAUAUAAUAUGGUUUUAUUAAGCAAGGUUUUUUUUGGGAAAAAGUUUUUGAGUAACAUCUGUGAUAAUUUGUAACGGUCAGAUUUUCUAUCUACCCAUUUUCUUUUCCCCCUCCUGUCUUCUCUAUUGCUUUGGAAGUGUGUGUGUAUGUGUGUUGCAUUUUGGGAGAAAUAAUUCUAUGAUCACUGGUCAAUAUGGGAAUAUUUAGAUUAUAGAUUUCUUAAUUUAUAUGAAUGAUAACAUUGGGAGCAGUGCUUAGAUAUCCUUGCUUGAGGUGUUUCUUGUCAUGUUAACUGUUUUUAUAGACUUCACUAAACAUUGUUUAUCAUAGAUUCUCAAGUUUAAUUUAAAAUGAUCUUUAGUUUUUAGAUGUGGAACCUUUUUUUUUCCUUCAGAAUUGUCAUUCUUGUCCUUUGAGUCUUUUCUUCCUUUUUGCUUUUAAAGCAGUUUGUACAGGAAUGUUUAAGGCUUUCUCAUCGGGGAUCUUUUGAUUUUCAGGAUCUCCGCUUUUUUUCCAUAUACAACUCUGUUAUUUUGAAAUGGAGCUGGCCCUUCCCAGUUUCUUUCAUUCCAUGAGUUUGUGUCUCAUAUCCAACCCAUCCCUGUUUAGUUUAUUGGAUAGAGAAAUGUUUUGCACUGGAGUUAGGCAUUGCAAAUGGCCAGCAAGCUUCUGCCAAUCAUCAGAAUAGUUAAUUUAUACACAUUUUAAUGUAUAUUUAGACUCCCUAGAGAAGGUUUCCCUAAACACCUGUCAUAAUUUGGGUUGAAGGUUGCUAAUGCUUAUGAAUUUAACCUUGCAUGUUUUCUCAACAGCUGUACGCAUUGCCUCUAAUGAGAGAAAUAGUUGUCAAAAAGCAUCCAUUCAUUUCAGUGAUGGACGCUAUUCAGUAAACAGAAGUGCAAUACAGAACCCAUUUUAUGUAUGAGUGUCUGAGGUAACAUGUUUGGCUUAAAAUUUCAAACUAUUUUUUAUUUAUCUGAUAUGAAGUAUUAGUUCUACCCUGAUGUGUUUGUCUAUACCUCAAAAGUGUGUGUGUGUGUGUGUGUGUGUGUGUGUGACAUCAGCAGUGUUAUCAGGGGUGUUAUAUUGUACGCCUACACAGUUGUGCUCUUCCUCUAUAUUGUUUACUAUGCAAAGUCCUGGGAAAUAAAUCUGUUUAGCAGUUUAUUUAUA